UUAUAAUGUGCUAUGGUCAUUGUCAAACAGGAAGAUAAGUAAAUAAUCUGAUGUGGCCAAAAAAUUAAAAUUUAGUAAACUCUAGUUUUUUUAUAAUGUCUUGAUAGAAAUUGAAUGAUAACAUGGCGUACCAGACUUUAAGGAAUGAGUACAUGAAUAUGCCCCCGGUAACGAGGGCAUAUACCACUGCUUGUGUUAUUACAACCCUAGCUGUGCAACUGGAAUUGGCCUCCCCGUUUCAACUCUAUUUUAAUCCAAUUUUAAUUGUGAAGCAAGGUCAACUAUGGAGGCUGGUAACAACAUUCCUGUUUUUUGGGACAUUUGGCUUCAACUUUUUUUUCAAUAUGAUUUUCACAUAUCGAUACUGUAGAAUGUUAGAGGAAGGUUCAUUUAGAAAUAGGACAGCUGAUUUUGUAUUGAUGUUCCUCUUUGGAGCAGCUUGCAUGAUUGGUUUUGCAUUUUUUGUUAACUUAUUAUUCUUAGGGCAGGCGUUUACAAUAAUGCUAGUGUAUGUAUGGUCUAGGCGAAACCCAUUUGUUGGAUUGAAUUUCUUUGGACUCCUGAAUUUUCAGGCGCCAUAUUUGCCGUGGAUUCUCUUGGCAUUUUCGAUAAUUUUAGGAAACGCGGUGUAUGUAGAUUUAAUGGGUAUUGCGGUAGGGCACAUAUAUUAUUUUCUGGAAGAUGUGUUUCCAAACCAAAGAGGAGGUGUCAAAAUAUUGAAAACGCCAAGUUUCAUGCGAAUACUAUUCGAUGCUCUUCCUGAAGAUGCAGACUACCAAAGAUUGCCAGAGGAAAACCCCGGCGGAUUUCAGUGGGGAAAUCAAAACGAUGUUCAAAACCAAGAAGACGCUGAUAACAACGCAGAAAAUCGAUAGAAAUAACUGACGAUCGACCUCAGAUAUUGUAACUUGCUUUAAAUAACGUUUUUAGUUGUAGACUAAGACUAGACAAUUUAUGUAUAUGCAAAACAAUUAUCGUUAUUUGUUUAACUAAUUUAUUUAAAAUACUUACAAGUUUUAGAUAUGUAGCAGAUAUUGCUUAACCUUUGAUAUUCAUAUUGCCAUCGGGUUCGUCUUACAAACUAAAUUUAAUGUGGGACAUUUUGAGACUGCAUUAAUGUUCAAGAUAUUGGGACCUACGUUGAUGUCUACUAUUGUGAUAUUUAGUAGAAAGUCAGCUCAAUAUUAGUACAUCAAUAAGCUAUACCGUAUGCAAAAUUCCUCACCCGAAACGAAUCAGAAAUGCCAACGUCGUCGAUAAAUAGUUGAAUUUUUUAUUUAUUAUUUUCGGUACUUUUGGAUUUUGUUUUUAAGUUAUUGCUUAUGCAGAUUUUUCUUAUCUUCCGUUUUGUGAGCUUAUGUUCCAUUUCCUUGUUUAUUUUACAUAAACUUUCUAUUAUCGUCAGGAGAAAAGCAUAUAUCGAUAGUUGUUCUACAUUUAUUAUAUUACGAUAGUUGAUCACUUAAAUCGCAACUAACACAUAAUUCUAUGAUAUAGUUGUUCCAUUUUAUCUUUGCCCAUGCAGCACGUUUCAUUUUCAAACAAAUUAAGUCAAAACAUAAAGUGAAACGUAUGUCGAUGUGUAUAUUCGCUAUGUGCAAGUACUUGGAGGGGAUACGAGAAACGAUCGUGCGCGAAUAGUGGAGAAAUUUUGCAACUUUCUUAAGGGCACCCAAAGUCCCAUUUAACGACAAUGUUAACAUUGUCACAUAGCUCUGUAACCAAAGCACUUAGAGACCUAAUUUUUUUUUAUUUUGAAACUACAUGUAUUUUUUAGUACCGCGUAGAUUUUUGUAAAGUUAGUGUGAAAGAAACAUUUACUUAAAAUUUUUUUAAAAUACUCUUACAAAAAAAACCCCAAAAAGUUUAGAUUUUAUUUUUUAUUUUACUUGUUUUUGUACAUUUUUCAAUAAAAAUUUACGCGGGACUUGAUAUUAUGUAUCUACAACUACUGUAAAAAUUUGGACCUUCUACCAUCUAAGGAUCCAGAGAUAUUUGACAUCAAAAGUUAAAAACCUAGUAUUCGGGAAAUCGCAGAAACAUAAAACACUCUAAUAGAAUAUAAAGCUACCGGUACACGGUAAGUUGAGUGCAGACGUUCAGAAAACAAAUAAUUUUGUAUCCAUGGUUAUUUUAUACUAUAAAUAAUUUUCAAUCAUAACCCAAAAAAGUUAAAAAAUUCAAUUUUCGGACUUUGGCUGAUCUUAUAUAAUUCAUGUUGUCAAUUGAAAUUGUCAAAUUGACGUGUAUUUCAUACCUACUGUCAUUGAAGAAGAAACAUUAUAUGUUGCUCCACAAUAUUGAUAUGAUAUGCAAUUAUUAUAUAAAAGUAAAUUUAAUUAAUUGUAUUUUGCUUGUAGUACUGCAUUUUAAUAAUUUAUUUUAUUUACUACACACAAUUGCUUACCUUUAAUAUCAUAACCUCAAUCUUACUUUCUCUUCUUAUAAUUUUUUUUGGCCAAUAUAAUUAAAGGUGCUAAAAAUGUUGCUGAGCUAUGAAACCAGGUGUCGCUUUUCCGAACUUGCACGGUCCCAAUACAUUGUGUAUACUGUAUACUAUACACAUCGACGUACAUUUCACUUUGUGUUUUGAUUUAAUUUGUUUGAAAAUGAACCAUGACGCAUGGGCAAAGAUAAAAUGGAACAACUUUAUUAAACAAUUGAAAAUAAAUAAUGCGCAAUAAUAAAUAGUGGCAAACAUUUUGGAAACUUAAAUUCUUUAAUUUUGGAAACUAAGUCAAAGCAAAAUCGACCGACCUGCUCAUGGUGGCGGUUUUUUGAAAUUUUGUAAGGACGCUUUGUGUAUGUUUAAAUGAGACAUUUAAAAAAAUGCACUUAAUCUGAUAUAAAUUCUUCACUUUCCCACAGUUUGAUUAUGUAUACAUAACCUCACUAUCGCAGUUUAUGUCAAUAAAUCUUUAUUAACGAAAAAGAAAAUAUUUUUGUUGCACUAUAAAUUACACUAUAAAUUAAUAACUAAUGAUUUCUAACAAUUGUAUUCGGUUAUUAUCACUACAAAAUAAAAUAUUCAAGUUUAACAAAAUAAUCCCAUAAGACUCGAUGUUAAAACGUCCUUACAAAAUCUGACAGCGUGUCACGUGACUGUAAAUAGAGGGAAGACGCACGGGGCGAAUACAGUAUUGCCAGUGAUGUGUUGCCAUUCACAAAUCUCAAAUUUUCGGCGUUUCGUUUGCAUCUGUUCUGUUUCCAUAUUUUAUUGAAUAAUUAUGUAAAUAUAUACAGUGAUGAGCACGCUAAUAACUGGCAAAAUAGCAGAAAAGAUGGAAAACGUAUUAAGUUGUGAGAUAAAAAGAAAUGAAACUGGUCGAGCCGGGAAAUUUAGUGAUAUUAACAUAUAAAUUUACAUUAUAUUGUUUGUUUCUCACCUUUACACGUAUCAGAGGAGUAUGUCAACUAGAACUGUCACUGUGACAGUGGUAGUUGCCAAACUCGUGCGAUACAUCUAAAGGUGGGACACAAUCAAUAUAAUGUAAAUUUAUAGGUUUUUUUUUGCAUAGACUUGGGUGUCAAUUAGCCAGUCACAACUUUUUGUUUUCUAUUCAUACGUAAAGAAGGCAACGAGGUCCUUAGAGUUCCAUAGCAAACUCUUCCACAGCUCUCUACUCAGUUCAAAAGCUGCAGGUGGCAGCUAUGGACUAUCCAAGUUGCUCACCACAUUUUUCCAUUAUACAUCUUCUUCUUCUUUUUCCAUAUGUACAUAAUAUAUCAAAUUAUCAGGAUUAAUAAAUUUAGAGGUUAUUUUAGUUUCACAGAUAAAUUUCAUUAAACAAUCAUAUAUAUUUUUGCUGUUCAGAGACAAUAGAUAGGAUAUAUUGAAAGGUGGAAAAACAUUACAUUUUAUUAAAUCUUCGAUUAAAUUAUAGCUGUGUGGAAUGUAUUUUGUGCACUCAAAGAAAGUGUGAUUCAAAUCACCUACCUUCUGACAUUCAGUACAAAGAUUUGAAUCAAAAACUUUAAUUCUUGCUAGAUGUAGAGGGAAACAUGCAUGUCCAAACUUCAUUCUGAUUAAUGUUGUUAUAUAUCUUCGAGGUACUAUAUAAUUUUUAAACCAAUAUAUAUUGGGAACAGAAGGUUGAAUCAGUGAAUACUGAGAUUUGGAUUGUUUACAAAGAUCUCGCCAUGAUUGACUCCACUGAUUUUUAACUCGAUGCUUAAUAGUGUUAACUAAAUCAGAUAUGCAACACUUACGAUUAUUUGAAGUACAUACCAUACUCAAUAGCUUUUUCAGCCAAAAUAUCAACAUAUUCAUUAUAUUUAUUAUAUAUCAAUUUAUAGGUUAAUAUCGCUAAAUUUCCCAGCUCGACUAGUUUCAUUUCUUUUUAUCUCACAACUUGUUACGUUUUCCAUCUUUUGUGCUAUUUUGCCGGUUAUUAGCGCGCUCAUCACAGUGUAGAAUGAGAAAUACAUAAAAUAUUAAGCAAAAUUAUAAAACAAUAAGAUACAAACGUAAUUGUGUUGAUAAACUAUAUAAGUCACGAUAAUGAGACGAGUGUUGCUGGAAAAACAAUAUUUUUGUAAAUUUUCCAGAAUUUUGGCCUAGUGUAGGUAUAUAUACGAAAGAUGGAAUGUAACUAAAUAUAUGAGAGACUGCCCCCAAUUAAAAAUGUCACUGCAAUAUUUUUAUACCGAUCAUAUAGCAUGAGUAAUUAGUGCAUUUUAUUGUUAGUGGAGUUUUCCUGGAAAACACAGUUGAUCUUAAAACAACAUAACUCAUAAUCUCGCAGAUCAAGAAUAUUUAAAUAUUUUUUUUCUAAAUGAAAUAUUUAGCUAACAGUAUUGUGCAGAAAUUUCUGGAAGUAGGGGUUAACAGUAAUUUCAAAAUUCUUGAAAACAUUCGUGUAGAAAACUUUCGACACAGCUAAAGUGUCCCACUUGGAAUACCAAACUGUAUAACCAUUAGAGGGAAGUUCUUUGACAGGAGAGAACAUUUUUGCAACACUGAUUCUUUCUGAUUUUUCUGAUGUUUCUCACCGAUUGGUAGGUUUAGAGGGUAGAUUUAAUAAGCUUAACGUUAAAAAAAGUUACGGCUGUUCCUGAUUCAGUUGCUCAAGUCUUUGUCAACUCAGACUGACUUAAACGUAAGUCAGUGAGUUUAGAGCAUUUCCAUUUUUUAGAAUCUUUCUAGCAAGCUGUACAUACAACUUUACGAAACAUAUCAUUUCCUUUGUUUUGAUCUGCCUUUUCAUAUUCUUAGUCAGUGGUUAAAAUUUUGACUUCUGAUAUUUUGCAUAUCUUCAAUAGAUUCAAAAUCAACACACUCUGAAGAUUCGGAAUCAACUGAAUAUGAUGAGUCCUGUUUCCAAUCCUAUGAGUACCUCCAUUUUGACACUACUGGUACAUCGUAUAUUGUAAUGAUUAGAAAAAUCAGCUAAGAGUCGUUUAAGAGUCGUUUAUAUUGCAUGUUAAACAAAAUGAACAUUCGAACGAAUCUAAACCAAGCGACAAAGAAUAUUGAAAACACUCUUAUUAGCUUUUAAAUAAAAUUUCACAUUUUUGGAUCCUCUAUGGCAGAUCAAAACGUUAAAAAUAUUCAAUCAUCAUCACUUCAAGCUUUCUGCUACAUUCUGUUGUCCCUUGCUUGAAACAGCAGAUGUAACAAUCCUAUGUUACACCGUCUAUCCAUCUUAGCUUUGGUCUGUACCGUCUUCGUAUUCACACUGGUUGCGCUGUUAAAGAAAGUGGCUAUAUAAGAAUCUCAUGCUAGAAUUUAAUCUCUCUUUAAGUUUGAACGUUGCUGAUGUGGCCAUUGUAAGACGUCGACGUAUUUGUCCAUUGUUUGUAAUAACGGAGACCAAGUAAUUGAAACCCGGCCUUGGUCCUUUCUUCCCUUCUUUCACUUUGGCCUUCUGUGCAUUAAUUUUUAGUUCACAUUUAUGAUGACUAAUGGUAUCUAGUUUGUUUAUAAAACUUUAUCUGUUGAUGAUGUUAGUAUUAAAUUCUAGUACUAAGAUUGCUGAUUUUUGGACUUCCACCCGUUGUUCCUCCUUCAUCCAUUGAGUAUGCCUGCUUUUAAUUGCUUUUGUAGGUGUAUUAGAUGGUCGGGGGUACCGAAGUCUGGGGAAGUGUACGACUAAAAUUGAUGUCAUGUGAAAUCUGACAACGACUGCAAAUGGUUAUAUUUUGUUUACACUUGCAAAAAUAAAAAACGUACAUAUAAUUUUGUAUAUGUGAAAUUACCGAUCCCCUCUUUCUCUUUUUGAAGUAAACACGUAAGGAUUAUAUGCACGUGAAUUCAUUCCAUCGUUUUUGAAUUUUUCCGAGGUAUCCAUUGUUUAGUUGAAUAUUAUUCAGGUCUUGCAAUAAUUAAAAGUUAUGCACAGUUAGUUAAAAAAUUGCAUAUUCUGCAUCUGAUAAAUUAAUAUAAUUAAAUAUUUGCUUUUUUUCUAGAGAAUUUAUUAGUUCCAAAUUAUAUUUUUAUUUACGGCAUAUAAUUCUGAAGUCAAAAUAAAUUUUUAAAAUAUUAUUAUCUCCAAGUUGAAUGGCUCUUAAAAGACUAUUCUCAAUUUGAAAAUGCAUGAUAGCACAGUUUGUAUGACAGAAGAUUACAACGAUCUUUAUAUAGAACUUACCAAAGCAAAAAAAAUAUACAACGGAUAACUUCUUGCCUUUGUUAUGUACCCCUGUACAUGACAUAAACAUAAACCUAUAUAUGUAAAUAAUCUGAGCACCCUGAUAAACUUCGAAUACAUAAAUUGCAAAGGAGCUGUCAUAAAAACUGCUAUCAAUAAUUUUCAAACGGAGUAUGAUGUAUAUUCGCACAACAAAAUUCCAAUUUAAGGUUAAAAAGACUUACACUACGGGCUUACACUACGAUCACACUGAGAACCGAAUGGAUGCUUUUGCAUUAGCAGUGUUAAUAAUUCAGUAAAAAUAAUACUAAGAAUAUUUUGGAAUUUAAAUCACUAUUAGUAUUAGUCCAAGAGGCAGCGCUGAAAAAUCUCUUUGAAUUUACUAAACCUAGAUUUUUCACAGUUGAUUACUGUGAUUGUGUAGAGAAACAUGCUGCGGUCGGUAAAGAGAAACAUAGAACAGGGGUUACUGAGAGAGUAUUAAAGUUGCUUUCCUACGAAGGUAAUUAAAUCCAUUUACUAAGGCUGAAAAUCAGUACACACAUUCUAAUUUAAAUAUAAAUAAAAGUUAUUAUAGUCGGUCAGCUGUAUGACGGGACAAAGCCGGUCGGUCGGCCCCAGUGAAUGUACAGGGUUAUUCACUAUAUUUUGACCUCCGUUGUAAACUGCUUUAUUUACAGAAUUAGAAAAAAAUGUAAAAUACAAAAGUUAUUCGAUUUUUAAAUUAUGAUUUUUUGACAUAUAUAUCGUACUAGUGACGUCAACCAUUUGGGCGUGAUGACGUAAUCGACCAUUUUUUUUAAAUGGGAAUAGGGGUCGAGUGCUAGCUCAUUUGAAAGAUUAUCCAGUUCCCUAUUCAGUAAUAUAAACAUUAACAUGAUUAAUUAUACAGGGUGUCCAAAAAAAAUUGUUUUAAUUAAAUUAAUUGUUUAAUUAAUAAUUCUUAAAAAUUUUUUUGGACACCCUGUAUAAAUAAUGAUCUUAAUCUUUAUAAUACUAUAAAGUAUAGAGAAUUAAAUAAUCUUUCAAAUGAGCUAGCACACGACCCCUAUUCUCAUUUAAAAAAAUAGUCGAUUACGUCAUCACGCCCAGAUGGAUGACGUCACUAGUACGAUAUAUGUCAAAAAAUCAUAAUUAAAAAAUCGAAUAACUUUUGUAUUUUAUUCUAAUGCUGUAAAUAAAGCAGUUUACAAGGGGGUCAAAAUAUAGUGAAUAACCCUGUACAUUCAUUGUGGCCGACUCACCGGCUCUGUCCCGUCAUACGGCUGACCGACUAUAAUAACUUUUAUUUAUAUUCAAUUUAGAAUGUGUGUACUGAUUUUCAGCCUUAGUAAAUGGAUUUAAUUACCUUCGUAGGAAAGCAACUUUGAUACCCUCUCAGUAACCCCUGUUCUACGUUUCGCUUGACCGACCGCAGUAUGUUUCUCUACACAAUCACAGUAAUCAACUGUGAAAAAUUUAGCUUUAGUAAAUUCAAAGAGAUUUUUCAGCGCUGCCUCUCCGUCUAUAUGUACUUACAAACGUUAUAAAACUAAUACAUGCGUUUAUGUCGAUUGAAAUGUGUUUAUUCAUAUCCGGUGUUUUGUUUUGAUACAAUGAUUUCCGGGCUUGUCAUUCGCGUUUUGGCAUUACCUCUUCUUGAAAUUUUGUCUGCAACAGCAUCAAUGAUAAUGCGAUAACGUUCGGAGUUGUCUACCUCAGGACACUCACUCAGUAGCCGUUCUACGUCCGUAUGAAUUGAGUGACCGUCUUUUAUGUAGUCCUCAACCGUUAACUGAGAAUUAGAAGAGUAUCCAAGAAGAAGUAAUCCUAGACCAUGGUCUAAACCUCCGGAAACCAAUGUAACAUUUGACUAAAAUUUUGGCUACGUUUAGAGACGUUUGAAAGCCAACCUUUGCAUAGGAAGAUGCAAUCUUAGUCUGAUCAUUUGUUUUGUUUGGGAUUUUAUUUUGUGAAUAUGCUGCAUAAAUAAUUAUAAUAUUGAUAUUUUUAUAAGAUAUACUGUAUCUGUGGGUCAGAUAUGUCAGUUACGUAAUAUUAAAUAAGCCAGAUGGCACUUUUACCUACAAAAUGUAUAGUGUCAAAAGUUCUAUUUCCUUAUCUUGUGAUAUAAGAGUAACGAGACAGUAGGUUUUUGUUAAUAUUUUUCCUUAUUUAUGGGUGUAAUUAUAAUAAAAUUUUUGAAUAAA